CUAUAUAAGGUCAGGAUGUGGAAUGCUGAAGGCAGCGUCCUACCUUCUCCUGAGCUCCACGCUUUCUUAUCUGUGCUCCCUGCUAAUCAACUCACCAGCAUGAAGCUCUUGGCAUUGCUGGUACUGGUGGCCGUUUCCACCUUCCUGGUUUCAGGCCAGACAACUGGCGCCGCUGCAAGUGAUAGCUCUACUGCUGCCGCCACCACAGCUGCCGCCACCACAGCUGCCGCCACCACAGCUGCCGCCACCACUGCCGCUGCCACCACUGCUGCUCCUGCCACCACUACCGCUGCCACCACUCACUUGCUGUCACCACUCCUAAAGGACUUAUGGAAUUUCUUACACGUAUUUUGAAGCCAUGAUUGUGAGAUGAAGUAUCCUGGAUGUCCUGCAUGUGAUCCUGCUGGGCUCGGCCAGAAUGUCCUUUCAUUUGAUUUACUCCAACCACGUACCAUGCCUAUCAUGUCUCUCCUAUCUCUAAUCAGUUUGUUUGUUUUCAAAUAAAAUUAACACUGAGCAACA